AUUGCAUCGUCAUUUCACAUGCCGAUCCUCAAACGCGGCGCGCGGGCAGGUUGACGCGGGUGGACCCCUCGAACUUUUGGCGGGGCAGCAACUCUAUCCUCGACCUGGACGUUCAACCUAGCUUCAACCACCCACCACACCACACCGCCCACUCGUUCAGCAUACCAUUGGGUAAUGCUAACCGUUUCCCGCAGUGAAUCACAACACACAGUAUUCCACGCCGUCCUUGAGACGUGCUGUCCCACCUCGCACGCCCAACAUUCCCUGAAGCCGGCGUUUGCAUUGAAGCCCACUGCCGACUCGGUCACCACGAAGAAGAAGAGCAGUGAGCAGGACAAAAGCACCGCAAGAUUCAUGGAGCUCCCUCACAAGCCACUCCUCCCUACCCUCGCGUGAACACACCUCUCACCAUGCCGUCGUCCGACGACAAGAACGACUCGAACGAUGCGAAGAGCGAGAAGCCCCAACCCUCCCCCGCAGACACCAUCUUCUUCUUCCAACCCAGUCACAAAGUCAAGCGCUUUGCCAAAAAGUACCGCACCGAAAUCGCCGCCUCCACCUCCUCCGUCCUGUCGACCUUCUUCGCCUUUCCCCUCGACUUCACCAAAUCCCGCAUGCAAAGCUACGAGACGGGCUUCCUGCAUACGGUCAAGGAUGCGUACAGAGCCGAGGGACUGCGUGCGUUCUGGCGCGGCGUCACCCCACCCGUCAUCAGCGUCACGCUCGUUCGCACCAUCAGCUUCAGUGUAUACCAGCGGGCCAAGUAUGCCUACGAUCGCACAAUCACCAACAUGACGGGGCAGAGUCCGUUGGUGCUGGCGAAUGCGCCGGGGAGCUAUCCGUCGCUCUUGACGAUUUCGUGCUUUGGUGCGGCCGGGGCUACGGCCGGGGCAGUCAUCACCACUCUCUCAUGUCCCUUUGAAUUGACGAAGCUCAACGAGCAGUUGGCGGGGAAGGAGGCGCGAAACAGUCUCGGGUCGGGCAAGUCUUCCACAUUACGUGCAGGCUCGUGGGCUACGGCCAAGCGUCUGGUCAAGGAUCGCGGAUUCUCAGGACUCUACUCCGGCUAUCGCUUACAUCUCCUGCGCGACACCAUCGGCACAUCGAUCUACUUCAUGACGUACGAAAGCACGAAGCAGCUCAUGUCGAAUGCGCGCGGCAGGAGUCCGACCAGUCCCUACGCCGUCGUGGUGGCGGGAGGCAUGUGUGGUAUAGUGAGCUGGGCAUGCAUCUACCCCAUCGACGUGGCGAAGACGCUGUAUCAGAAGUCCUUGCUUUCGGCGGGGUCGGGAGUGGCCAAGCGGCCGAGGAUUAACUUCUUCGGCCCCGGGUCGUAUCGUGGGCUGUUUGUUUCGGUGUUACGGUCAUGCAUUAUCAACGCGGUGUUUUUCAGCAACUUCGAGUUUCUUAAGAAGCGGAUCAACGCGUUGGAGGGAUGAGGGUUACAUUUGAUAGCGACAGGCCUACUUUGGGGUUGGGGACAGGCGCUGGUGAUUGAAUGA